AGCAGCUCCUUAUUGCUGGAGAAGGAGAAAAGUGCCCAAGAUCCUUUCAGGAUAUUUGGCUUUUUGGGCGCGACACAAAUCGAGGUGAGGGAAGAGAGAGGAAAAUCCCCUGAAUCCCUGCAGGAUUAAUUUAUUCAAAAAGGAAAUAAAAAAUACUCAAUAUGCAAAAGUCUUGUGAAGAAAAUGAGGGAAAACCACAGAACAUGCCAAAGGCCGAGGAAGAUCGCCCUUUGGAGGAUGUACCACAGGAGGCAGAAGGAAAUCCUCAACCUUCCGAAGAAGGUGUAAGCCAGGAAGCAGAAGGAAACCCCAGAGGAGGGCCGAAUCAGCCUGGCCAGGGAUUUAAAGAGGACACACCCGUUAGGCAUUUGGACCCUGAAGAAAUGAUAAGAGGAGUAGAUGAGCUUGAAAGGCUUAGGGAAGAGAUAAGAAGAGUAAGAAACAAGUUUGUGAUGAUGCAUUGGAAGCAAAGACAUUCACGCAGCCGUCCUUAUCCUGUGUGCUUUAGGCCUUGAAUUCAUUUUUGCCUAAUAUUAAAAUCUGGCCCCAGCUUUCUUUCUGUUA